UCCAGACUCCAGUCUUUGUAGUUGUUGAUACAGAACGAGAAAAAAGUAGACAGUAAAAUGGCUCUUGCAGGGGGAAGAGGAUUCCUCAUUCAGCCCUACUUUUCUUCAUCCUUUGUUUGUAAGAACAUUAUUAAUAAGCCCUCAUUUGGUGUAAAGAACACAUUUUGGCCUGCUAGAUUAGGACCCACUUCACGUGUCACCCGAACCGUGGUUCGAGCUCAGCUGCGCCCUACAUGGCUACCCGGGCUUGACCCUCCACCCUACCUUGAUGGAAGUCUACCCGGAGAUUAUGGGUUUGACCCACUUGGGCUUGGAGAGGAUCCGCAAAGCUUGAAAUGGUAUGUGCAGGCAGAGCUGGUUCAUGCUCGCUUUGCCAUGCUCGGAGUUGCUGGAAUUCUUUUUACUGAUUUACUGCGUGUGACAGGAAUCAUCAAUCUACCACUUUGGUACGAUGCAGGUGCAGUAAAAUUCAAGUUUGCCAACACAGGAACUUUGUUCAUUGUCCAACUAAUCUUGAUGGGCUUUGCUGAAACUAAGAGGUACAUGGAUUUUGUUAGUCCCGGAUCUCAAGCUGAGGGACCUUUUCUUGGGAUGGAAGCAGCACUAGAAGGCUUAGAACCUGGAUACCCUGGUGGUCCUUUGCUAAAUCCUCUUGGUUUGGCUAAAGACAUAAAAAACGCCGGUGACUGGAAACUGAAAGAGAUUAAAAAUGGACGUCUUGCAAUGGUAGCCAUGCUCGGAUUCUUUGUGCAAGCUUAUGUGACUCAUGUAGGACCAAUUGAUAACCUUGUGGAACACCUCUCAAAUCCAUGGCACACAACUAUAAUUCAGAACCUUUCUCACCCUGCCUCUUAAAAGUGUAAAUCUGAAGAAAAAUAUUCUAGUCACAAAGUGAUUACACAAAAGCAAUAUCACAAACUGGUGUGUCUUGAUGUGAUUUGUCAGAUUGUAAAGUUAUUUUUAUUGUAAUGUAGAUCUGACGGUUCACAUGAAACUAGGUUAGUUUGUAAAAUUACUUUUGUGUAAUCCUUCUAUAAGUCUAGUACUCAAAUCCGAAUCCAA